AUGCAAAUUCCUAAAGAAUACACUUUAUCUACAGGUUAUACAAUUCCCUCCGUAGCAUUAGGUUGCUAUAAUAUUCCCAAAGAAACUACAACCGAAUUAGUUGAAGCUGCAUUAGAAAGAGGAUAUAGACAUUUCGAUACUGCUGUAUUAUAUGAAAAUGAAAAAGAAGUUGGAGAUGGUAUAGCUAAUUGGUUAUUAAAAAAUCCAGAUCAUUCAAGAGAUGAAAUUUUUUACACAACAAAAUUAUGGAAUUCACAAUUUGGUUAUGAAAAUACUAAGAAGGCUAUCUUAGAUUGUUUGCGAGCUGUUAAUUCACUUGGAUAUAUCGAUUUAUUAUUGAUGCACUCACCGAUUGGAGGUAAAACUAUUAGACUUGAAACUUGGAGAGCAAUGCAAGAAGCUGUGGAUUCAGGAAUAGUGAAAAAUAUCGGUGUUUCUAAUUUUGGUAAGCAACAUAUUGCAGAUUUGUUAUCUUGGUUAGAUUUAAAAUAUCCACCAGUUGUCAACCAAAUUGAAAUUUCUCCUUGGUGUAUGAGGCAGGAAUUAGCAGAUUAUUGUAAACAGAACGGUAUAUUUGUUGAAGCAUAUGCUCCUUUGACUCAUGGUUACAAAAUUAAUGAUUUAGGUCUACUGAGGACAUCAAAGGAAACAGGGAAGAAUCCCGCUCAGAUACUUAUCAGAUGGUCCUUACAACAUGGUUACAUCCCUUUACCAAAAACAGAAACAGUUAGUAGGCUCUCUGGGAAUUUAGACGUUUACGAUUUUGAGUUGACCGACGAACAAAUGGUAGAAAUAGAUCAUCCUGAAGCAUACGAACCUACAGACUGGGAAUGCACAACUGCGCCAUGA